AACUACACAACUCUGGUCAAUCAUAAAUAAUCAUAACCCCACACAAACUCAUUUGCUAUCUUGUAUUAUAUUAUUUCAUUCCUUUUCUGAUCGUGAUGGCAAAAGCUGUACCAACAAAUUUCCUAUAAAAAUGUGAGAUUGUUGUCGUUGUGUUUGAUGUGUUGCAAAAAGUUAAUUAGAUAUUAACAUUAUGUUCGAUAUAUACUUAAUAAUUUACAUUCUUGGAGUUCUUUUCAAUGACGUGUAUUGUGAUUCAGAUUGGAUUUGGAAAUGCGACAGUGGAUAUUGUAUAAAGAAAAGUGUACUUAAUGAGAGGGAGGGUUAUAUUUCUUUACCCUUAUGUCAGUUGGUAUGCUCGGAGUAUUUGAACAUUUGGCCUAAGCCAACUGGAACCAUCACGAGUACAAAAGAGCUAGUCAUCGUAAAUACCAAACGCAUAGCUUUCGACUACAAUGGACCACCUAAUAUCAAAAAUUACCUAGCAACAGUUACGCAAUAUUUCGAAGAUCGUAUCGAGAAUGAAGGAGCGUUUUCUUGUGAUGAAAAUAUGUUAAAUUUGAAAAUAUCAUUGAAUCCAAUUAAUGAUAAUCUAAGUUUAACUGUUGAUACAAAUGAGAUGUAUCUAUUAUCUGUACGAUCAACAGAUACGGAUCUUAUUGUUAAUAUUACAGCUCCCACAGUAUUCGGCGUAAGACACGGUAUUGAAACAUUCUUACAGCUGCUUUUACCGCAACUAGAAGAUACUUCUAAAUGUUUAUCUACUGUGAGUAAUCUUGAAAUUUCCGACAAGCCUAUAUACCGUCAUAGAGGUUUAUUGAUUGAUACUGCGAGAAAUUAUUUGAGCGUUGAUACAAUUAAAAAGCAGAUUGACGGAAUGGCCGUUUCAAAACUGAAUGUUCUACAUUGGCACAUUACAGAUUCGCAAAGCUUUCCGUUGGCAUCUACCAAGUUACCAAAUAUGACGAAAUUUGGUGCUUACAGUCCAACAAAAAUUUAUACAAAAGAAAAUAUGAGAUCACUUGUUAAAUACGCUGAAACUAGAGGAGUCAGAAUUCUUAUUGAAAUAGACGGGCCAUCGCAUGCUGGAAUGGGAUGGCAAUGGGGUAACGAUGCUGGUCUCGGAAAUUUAGCAGUAUGCGUUAAUAAACAACCAUGGAGGUCUUUUUGUAUUCAACCACCUUGUGGUCAAUUGAACCCCGUGAAUCAGAAGUUGUAUGAUGUUUUAACAGAUUUGUAUAAAGAUAUUGUCGAAACGAUUCCAGAUAGUUUGAUGUUCCAUCAAGGUGGUGAUGAGGUGUUCAUACCAUGCUGGAAUUCAACUCCAGAGAUACUGGAAUAUUUAAAGAAUAGACCAUUAACGCAAGAAACUUACUUCGAUCUAUGGGGUGAAUUUCAAAAGAAAAACUUAAAAGCAUUUGAUCAAGCUACUGGACACAAUAAAACUUCAAUUAUUGUAUGGAGUAGUCAUUUGACCGAUCCAUCAAUUAUAACUAAAUAUUUAUCGAAAGAAAGAUUUAUUAUACAAACUUGGGUGCCAGAAAGUGAAAACGACCUAAUAAAACAACUAUUGAAUUUAGGUUACCGAGUAAUUAUUUCCACAAAAGAUAAAUGGUAUUUAGAUCAUGGUUUUUGGGGAGAGUACUGGACUUAUCAUAAAUGGAAAACUGUUUACGACAACACAAUGUACUCAUCGUAUAAUGAAGCAAUCUUAGGUGGUGAGGUUUGUAUGUGGGGUGAACUAGUAGACGAUACCAAUAUAGAUUCAAGAGUAUGGCCACGAGCUGCUGCAGCUGCAGAAAGAAUGUGGACGAACCCAUCUACCGCAGCUAAUACAGCAGAGUAUAGAAUGUUCGCACACAGAGAACGUUUAAUCAAACUAGGUAUCCACGCGGAUGCUGUUAUGCCUGAAUGGUGUAUAGAAAACGAAGGUGAAUGUAACGGAUAUCUCUAGAAUUGUAAUUUAAAUAUUUAGGAAUAAAACUCUCAUGUAAAUAUGCUCUGAUUUCAAACGUCUACGUUCAGUAAAAUAAAAUUGAAAACCUCUUUGGAA